AUGGGUCGACAUGAAGAGACGAAGCAUGCCUUACCGACCGCUCUCAGCCAAACAGCACAUCAUCCUCGUCACAAGUGGUGGCUGAGAUGGCUGCAGUACUGCACCUUUGGUCUUAUCUGCUUCAUGUUCUUCCACAGAGCAGUCGAAUGGCCCAAGCAGACGAUCUCUCACGACAACGAAGCAUGUCCACAAGUUCCCGCUUUCGAGCUUCCAAAAUCCAAUGUAUCGCUCUUAGACGGCUCUAACAACGAUUUCGAGCUGCCAUCCAGCUCCGAACUGGCUCAACUCCUCUCCGGCGCGGUGCAAGUUGACACCACCGUGGGCGAUGACUGGCCCAGUGUCGCUCAAGACCCAGCUCGAUGGGAAAAGGUCUUUGCUCCCUUCCACGACUAUAUACGCUCCUCCUUUCCGCGAAUUCAUGCCGAUGACUCGCCCAUCAAGCUAGAAAGAGUUAACGAAUGGGGUCUCGUGUACACCUUCCCUGGCUCCAACGAGUCACUUGCCCCGCUCGUGCUGAUGGCCCAUCAAGACGUCGUCCCUGUCGAGCCCGAGACCAUCCCAUUCUGGACACACCCACCGUUCUCAGGCUUCAUCGACAAUGACCUUGGCCUGGUCUGGGGCAGAGGUGCAGGCGACUGCAAAGCAUCCCUCAUCUCUAUCCUUGCUACACUCGAGAGCCUUCUCAAGUCUAACUUUACACCUGAGCGAACGGUUGUAUGCUCAUUCGGUUUUGACGAAGAGAGUGCAGGUACGCAAGGAGGCAUCGAGCUUGCCAAGUUCCUUCAUGAGAGAUACGGCGACGAUGGAGUAGCGAUGAUUGUCGACGAGGGCGGUCAGAUCGAUUUGAACCUGGGCAUUCCUGUUGCUGCCCCCGCAGUUGCUGAGAAGGGCUACCUCGAUGCCCGAAUCACUGUCUACACUCCUGGUGGCCAUUCUUCAGCGCCUCAACCUCAUACCUCUAUCGGCCUGCUCGCCCAGCUCAUUACUGCCAUUGAAGCGAAGCCCUUCACUCCCGCCAUCCAACUCUUCGGCAAAUCCCCACAAGAAGUAAACCCAGCUCUCCAGUAUCUUCAAUGCACACGAGAUGCACCCAAAGCAGAUCAUGAACUUAGUAUCGCGCUCAAAAAGCUCGCUCAUCUCGAGCGCAAGGUCAGUUCUCGUUGCAAAUGGGCAGAGCGAAAGCUACAGAAGCAAGCCCAAAAGGUCCUUAAAUUUAUGUCCCGAGAACAACGGUUCGGUUUUCAAACAACCCAAGCAGUCGACCUUGUCUCCGGCGGCGUCAAGAUCAAUGCUCUACCCGAACAAGCCUCUACCGUGGUGAACCACAGGAUUGACGUGACGUUGAAUACUGAUGAUGUGAGGAAACACAUGCAUCGUACUAUCUCCCCUGUUGCACGCAAGCUCGGGCUAGAGGUGGAGGGCAAUGGAACACCUCAGUGGUCAUUCAUCUCUUCUUCAACGAAAGGAAAGAAAGGCAGAGUGGUACUCUCGGACGCAUUCAACUCAGCACUAGAGCCAGCACCAUUCACACCACUCGGCAGCGCCAAACCCUGGGUCCUAUUGCAGGGAGUCAUGCGAGCUGUGUGGAAAGACAUCCUGAUUGCCCCCGACGUAAUGGGUGGAAACACAGACACAAAGAGCUAUUGGAAGCUUACGAAGCAUAUCUUCCGUUUCAGUCCUGGUUCGGAUUUGCCGUUCCCGAUCAAAGGAGAGGAGGAGAACAUUCACACAGUCGACGAGAGGACGACAAUUCAUGGGUUGGUAAAGGCUACUGAGUUUUACAAGCUUCUCAUUCAAGCUGUCGGGUCUCAGCACAAUCUGUAG